CAAAAAGAAUUCAAAAAAAAAAAAAAAUCGGACCAGCCAUUUUUUUUUCUUUCUCUUUAUUCUUUCUUUUUCAUAUACAAAUGCGUCCCAUCAAACUGAAAUCUAAACGAAAACAACUAGCAGAAUUACAAGAAGAUAGAGGUUUUACAGCUGAACAAUUCACAACACCCGAAGUACAAAUUCCUUGGAAAGCUAUUGGACUUGCCACAUUACUUUUCACCAUUGGAUCUAUAUUGAUUACCAUUGGUGUUUUGAUUAAAUUGGGUUUUAUAGCCACAGAAGAAUAUCUAAGUCGAGCCAUCCCACUUCUUGUACUUGGUUCUAUCAUGUUCAUCCCUGGUGCCUACCAUCUUUACAUUGCCUAUUAUGCCUAUUACAAAUACCCCGGUUAUGAAUUCUCCAUGAUUCCCGACUGGGAUGAUUAGUUUAGUUUUCAUUUUGUAUCUUUUUUUUUUUUCUGUAGCAAAUGACGUUUUCUUUUUUUUACAACAAUAAAAGGAAAAAUAAAACCUAUUUAUAUAAUUUGAUCAAUAGAAUCAUG